GAAAAGUAGCCAGCCAGUUCAUGUGGCCUUAGACAGCCGCUAGCAACCGACUAGAACGCCGGCGAUAAUAACAGGCUCCUGUAUCCAAUUUAUUCACGCAUUGAGAAGCCGGCGGAAAACUCGAUCAAAUCUUUAUGCAAUAAAAUAUGGGAGCUUCUAAAACAUUCAAGUCACGUCGGAAUUGUCCUUCCCGACUGUUGUCCAACGAAGAAAACACGCAACUGAAUGAGAUUAUUGGAGCACAAUGCAAAAGCGCUGCCACCACUGUUGUCCAGCUCUUUUUGCCCGAGCCACCUGAAUACACGCAGUGGACGAAGGAAGACUGCGGGAUUUUGUGUUUGAUAGAAGACAGCAACUGUAAUUUCUGGCUAAAAAUAUUUUGUCUGGUCCGACGUCAAGUUAUUUGGCAGCAAAAGCUUCACGAAAACGUAGUCUAUCACGCACCAGCUCCAUAUUUUCACACCGUGAGCUCCAGCAACAAUACUCAAAUUGGUCUCAACUUUGCCGACGAAGCUGAAGCUUCAAUCUUUCUUAGAACUGUCAGAGCUUAUCUACUAAAAAAUAAAGCAAACACGAAGGACGACACCUUCAGCGUCAGUCCCCCAAAAGAUUUUCGCUUAAUCAGUCACAUUGGAUGGGAUAAACGAAAAGGAUUUAUUCUGUACAAUGUUGAUAACCAAUUGAUUCAAACAUUCUUGACCGGCUUUUGCAACCGAAUCAGUAACUGCACACCAAAAGAAAAUAACCAUCAACGUUCACGGCCACGCAGCUUCAAAAGAAAGAAGAUUUCUAAAAACGACAUUAGUUUGCCUGUUGAUGUCAAUGUGAUACAGCGGAAUAGCCAAUUGUAACAAGUGCAAACCAAUGCGACGAACGAGAGGCAGUUUUUCUUUGAGCCAUUAUUUAAUGACUAGAUUUCGAAAAUCAGCCGAACAUAACUUAAUUUGCUUAAUAGAGGAAUGUUAAUAUUAAUUACACAAAUCUAUCUAAAUCUCUUUAUGAUUGGCACGUUUUUUUUAAGUCGGACGGUUGUUUUUUUCAUCACUAAUCACCAUUUGAUCAAGUCUUGAUCAGGCUGUUUGUUAUCACUUAUGAAAGAAUUUAUCGGCAGGGGAUUUUCGUCAGACAUGUGACUCACAAAUGUUUUUGCUUUAGGCCCGAUACGUUUUCUGGCUGGGGGCGUAGGUAAAGCGGGAACUGCAGAAUUGGAAGGCUGUUUAAAUACACUACUUGGUGUAGUACUACUUGAUGAUGCUGCUGUGGUACUCCAUUUAAAAAUGCUCUGAACAUACCAAAGAUUUUAUCAUUUUAACAAUAAUUUUCCCUUAAAAUUUUUCCUUUUAAACUUACCUUUCCACCAAGACUUUCCAGUUUACUCUCUAAAAUUUUGACUUGGAUUCUCAAAUGUUCAUAACUAAAUAAAAAUUAAUUUUAUGUCA